AGAACAAGAAAAGUCUUACCCAGCCUUCAGCACCCCUCUACCCUGUCCUACAAGGGGGGACUGAAGAAGAAUUAGUUUUUCCUCCCCCAUAUAUCCCCCCUAGGAUGCUGGAAGAACACCAUCCUCCCCCUCUGGGGGAGGCAGACGCUGUUCCGAGAGCAGGAGGCAGAAACGCUCCAGUGGGAAGCCCGCCCUUUACCAGACAAAGGGCUCAGAGGGAGCAAUCCGCUUCUGCCGCCGACUCCACUAUUCUGCCCCUGCGAGCCACCGGACCCCCCACAUGCAGAGGGGAUCAGCCCCAUCGCUAUUGGCCUUUCGCCACUAGUGACCUCUACAGUUGGAAAGCUCAGAAUCCUAAGUUUUCUGAGAAACCGGCAGGGCUUAUUGAUUUAUUAGACUCUGUUCUUUUUACCCAUCAGCCCACAUGGGACGAUUGCCAGCAGCUUUUGCAGGUCCUGUUCACGACUGAGGAAAGAGAAAGAAUCCUCAAUGAGGCCUGAAAACUAGUUCUGGGCACAGAUGGGAAUUCCACCACCAACCAGGCUCAGAUAGAUGCCUCCUUCCCCUUAACUCGGCCCCAGUGGGAUUUCAACAUGGCAGAAGGUAAGGAGAGGCUCCGGGUCUACUGCCAGACUCUAAUGGGGGGUCUCCGAAUGGCUGCUAGAAAGCCAACCAAUUUGGCCAAGGUAGGAAAUGUACAACAGGGAAAAGAUGAAUCUCCGGCUGCCUUUUUAGAAUGGAUCAUGGAGGCAUUCCGUACCUAUACCCCCAUGGAUCCAGAGGCUCCAGAAAGCAAAGCAGCUGUUAUCGUGGCCUUUGUAAACCAAGUGGCCAUAGACAUUAGGAAAAAAUUACGGAAAAUAGAUAGGCUAGGAGAAAAAAGUCUGCAGGACUUACUAGUGGUAGCUGAAAAGAUAUAUAAUAACUGGGAGCCUCCUGAGGAUAAGCAGGCUCGUGCCAUGGCGGCUGCCAGCAGUAAGCAGACUCGAGACCUGGCCAGAAUACUACUAGCUACCACUGCUGACUCCCCCGAGGAAAAAGAUCAGUGCACAUACUGCAAGGAGAUAGGGCAUUGGGCCCGAGAGUGUCCAAAAAAGGCCGGUGGGAAGGGAAGUAAGACUGAUCGAGUAAAAGUCUUAGAGCUAGAUGAACUGAGUGAUUAGGGGAGUCAGCGUUCGGACCCUUUCCCCGAGCCCAGGGUAACUCUUAAAGUGGAGGGGACCCCUGUUGACUUCCUCGUCGACACCGGAGCACAACAUUUGGUCCUCCGCACCCCACGAGGAAAACUAGCCAGCAAGAAGUCCUGGGUACAAGGGGCAACUGGUAUGAGCCAGUAUUCAUGGACUACCCGAAGAACGGUAGAUUUGGGGAUGGGCUGGGUAUCCCACUCCUUUAUGGUAAUACCGGAAUGCCCCUACCUGCUAUUAGGACGGGACUUACUGACCAAGAUUGGAGCUCAGAUAACUUUCAGACAAGGGGGGCCUCAGGUCACCGAUGGCAAGGGCCACCCCAUCCAGGUCCUGACCGUGAAACUAGAGGAUGAAUACCACCUCCACCAGGAGUAUGUAGAUGACAUCCUGAUUGCUGCCGACACGGCCAAGGACUGCAAGCAAGGGACCCAGGACCUGCUGGCUACCCUGGGGGCCUUGGGGUAUGCCGGUGCAGAGGUGGUCACCGAAACAGACACCGUAUGGGCGGAGACUCUACCCUCCGGAACGUCAGCCCAGCGAGCAGAGCUCAUAGCCCUCACCAAGGCGCUGACGCUGGGAGCUGGAAAACGGCUUAACAUCUACACAGACAGCCGUUAUGCGUUUGCCACAGCUCAUAUCCAUGGGACAAUUUAUCAGGAGAGGGGGUUACUGACGGUGGAGGCCGGACUAUAA